CCUCUCCGUUUGAAUUUUUCUUCACACUACUUCAUUUUCCCGAGAAAAUAGUUGCCUGAGAAAAUAGAGGGUUCAUGAACUGCUUCAAUGGCUGUAAAGCUUUCAUCUUUGGCUAUUUGCAAGAGAAUUCCCAAAUGGGUCAAUCAAAAUGCAUUCAUUUCUUCAGUUUCAUGUGCUAGUAGUAUCGAAAUUUUCCCGGAAAACAAUCAGAAUCCACUGAAUUCAUCGGAUUUUGAACAAAAUUUUCGGUUUUUAAGGAAUAAGCUUUCUCCGGAUAACUUAAUCCGGGUUUUGGAUAAUACCAGUGAUUUGAACUCAGCAGUGAGGAUAUUCAAAUGGGCUGCCCUCCAAAAACGGUUCUGCCACACCGCUGAUACGUAUUAUCGGAUAAUUGUGAAGUUGGGCAUGGCUGGAAAUGUUAAGGAGAUGGAAGGGUUUUGUCAGAAUAUGGUGAAAGAUAGGUGCCCAGGUGUUGAGGAGGCUUUUGUGGCAUUGCUUGAUACCUUUGUAAGACAUUGUAGGCUAAGUGAAGCUAUACGAGUUAUUGUUAAUAUGAAUUCGGGUGGUUUUAAGCCCUCUAUAGAUACGUUUAAUGCCGUUUUUGCUGCUCUAGUGGAUGAGAAGAGAGACUUUCAAGAUUUAAUGUUUGUUUAUAAGGAAAUGGUGAAAGCAGGAGUUGCACCUUCUGUUGACACUUUGAAUCAUUUGUUGGAGGCUUUGUUUGAGACCAGUAAGGUUCAGUCUGCUUUGGAUCAGUUUAGGAGAAUGAGCAAGAAAGGGUGUAAUCCUAAUAGCAGGACAUUUGAGAUAGUCAUAAAGGGUCUCGUUGAGAAAAGCCGAGUAGAUGAAGCUGUUAGUGUUUUAGGUGAAAUGUCUGAACUUGGGUGUCAGCCUGGUUUGAGUUUCUAUACCUGCACAAUACCUUUAUUUUGUAUGGAAAAUAAGCCCGAAGAGGGAAUUAGGUUGUUUAGAUUGAUGAGAGCUUCUAAUUUUGUUCCGGAUUCAUUCAUUUGUGAGGUUCUAAUACGGUGUCUGUGUGAGAACCUUUGGCUGGAUGAUGCGAUGAACAUUUUCAAAGAGAUGAUAGACAAUGAUAUAAAGCCGUCUAAUAAUGUGUUUUUGGAUAUGAUAAAUGUUUUUUGUAAAUUAGGGAAAAUAAAUGAAGCUUUAGAAUUCUUGGAAGACAGACAUGUUUUUGAAACUUCACCACGCAAUUCAUUGCUUGAAGGUUGCUGCUGUGCUGGUAAAUUUUCCUUGGCAAAAGGUCUACUUGAUAAAAUGUAUGAGAGGAACAUAGCCAACUGUGACUCCUGGAAUAUUCUUAUCAGAUGGCUUUGCAAGAAUGCAAGGAUCAGGAAAGCAUUUGAACUUCUAGGGAAAAUGGUUGUCUCCUCAUGUCUUCCUGACUGUGCCACAUACUUGGCAUUAGUUAUUGGUAACUGUAGAUUGAACAAGUAUGGAGAUGCAUUGAAGCUAUUUCACGAGAUUCGUGCUAACUGCUGGGUUUUGGAUUCUAUAUCUUAUUCUGAGCUAGUUGAAGGCCUGUGUCAGGUGGAAAGAACGCUAGAGGCUGCUGAAGUGUUUUGCUAUAUGUCUAGUAAUAGAUGCUCUCUUCAGUCUUACUCCUUUGAUAUGUUGAUCAAGAGUGUUUGUGCCAGAGGAAAGGUCGAUGAAGCGAUAAAUUUACUGCAGUUAGCUUAUUAUUCUGGUACUUCGUGUAGUAAUGCAACUUACACUAUAAUUAUGCUCGAGUUGUCUAAACUGGGCAAGGCAAAAGAUGUGGUAGUAGUUCUCUCUCAAAUGCUGAUAGAAGGUUGCAGUCUUGAUCUGGAAGUAUAUAGCAUCCUCAUACAAAGCAUGAGUUCACAGAAUCGAAUCAAGGAUUGUGUAUUCCUUUUUAACAUGAUGGUUAAUGAGGGUUUGGUACCUGAUUCUGAAGGGCUAUUUGAUCUACUUUCAUGUAUAGCCAACCAUUCUCAGUUGUAUAAGGUGUCAAGUUCGAUCGAUAAACUUAUUUGUAAUUCUGAAAUUGUAAAUCCAGCAAUUUACAACAUGCUGAUUAAUGGCUUUUGGAAAGAAGGUAAUAAACGUGAAGCAUGUCAUUUAUUGGAUUUGAUGUUGGAAAAAGGUUGGGUACCAGAUUCUACGACUCAUGGAUUGUUGAUUGGAUCUGUUGCUAGAGAGGAAGGGGACAGGGGGGCAUUUGCCUAUGGGAAUUCCAUCGCACAAGAUGCUGUUAGUAACAUACUAGCUGAGGGCUUGGGAAAUACUUGAUGUACCUACUUUUCGAAGAAUAGCAAUUUGAUCAGCUGAAGGCCCAGUUCCCUGGCGAAUGAUACUCUGACUCACAACUUCAUGAUUAUAGAUUUUCUCUCCAACUCAUCAGGAACACGAGGGAUUGAAACUGCUUUCAGACAUAGUUUUGUGUCUAUGGUGGCAUUCUGUGACAAAUGGUCUUUUUGUGGAAUGUGAUUGCUGGCAUUCCAGAUGACUUGCUCUGUUGCUGUAAUCCUUUUGACCUAAGGAGUUCUUUCUUGGGGGGCAUCAGCUUGUCUCUAAACAUGGAGAAGAGUGGCAUUUUCGGUUGGUAGAGGAGGAUGAAAUGUACAAAUAAUUAAUGAAUAAUUGAGAUUUGAAGAAGGGAAAUUAAGGGUGCAAAUUGCAAUGUAAGGAUUCCCCUUUUACAGCCAAGUUAUUGACCACAGAUUUUCAAAUCUAAUGGACAAGAUAGUAGCUGAAGUUGCUGGCAAUAGACUAAUAGACAAGCUAAUUCAAGCACUUCUAUUUAGCAUUCAAGUUACUAGUGCAAAUGUUUUUCUUCUGCCAUAGAAGUUGAUCAAAGGAAUACGUACUGAGGUGUCACUUUUAUUUUGGGCAGGUAUAGACAAGAGCUAAUGCAUGGACUAUCUUAUCUGUGAAGCUCUUCGAAAUUUAGAGUUGAAGGCUACUCAGGAAUUAGAAGAAUGGAUUUAGACUAGAUUGCUUCUGCUGUUUCAACCCCAAGGGGAGAAUUGGUGAAGACAGCACCGGUAGGUGACAGGAAUUUGAGAGAUAGCCGAGUGGUUUACCACUAUGUUUGUGUAAUUACUGUAAAAACCAAGUGAAGAAGGGAAAUGGGUCAUCAUUAUACGUGGGGUAUUCAAACUACUCUGUCACUGUUUGUUUAAGAUCUGUUUCUGUUAUUGACUAGAAAAACUGUUGUGACAUUGAUAUAAAGGUAAAAACUGUUCUGUUC